AAUCAUGCCCGUGGAACACUAUUCAUCUCACUGCACUUUUCGGCUUCCAACAGAACUAAUGAACACUGUGGGCAAUCAAUCAUCAUGACUUCGACUUCCCCUCGAGCUGUCUAUCACUACCUUGAUAUUGCCCCUCUGGGUCGUGGUGAAGUUAUCAAGCUCUUCCUAACGGAUACUGGUAUCGAAUUCAAAGAGGUUCUAUACCCGUAUGAUCAUACUUGGCCCCAAAAGAGCCAAGAUCUGCAGCAGCAAGGCUUGACCAGGACGGGCAAACUCCCUACCCUCGAGUACCAGGGCUUGAUUCUCACCCAGCACAUUCCGAUUCUGCGCUAUCUCGCUCGAGACCUUGGUCAAUAUGACGGCGAAACCAAUGCUGAGAAAUAUGCAGUAGACGCUGUAGCCGAUAUCUACAUCGACUGGAGAUCUCGUUGGGUAGCCAAUUUGGGAAAGAAGGAGGAUGCCUACAAAGACGAUUUUGUGCCCCAAUACUACAAAGUCCUGGGCCAGUACUACAAUGACCGUGGCGGCCCGUAUCUCUUGGGUGACAAGGUCACCUAUGCCGAUUUUGCGGUCUAUCAAUCCAUCGAUAAUGAUGCAAGAACCGGCACUCUUCCGUCCACCCUCCCGGAGUCGCUCCUCAAGUUCAAAGAGACCUUUGAACAGCGGCCCAAUAUUGCCAGUCUCCUCAAAAGCCGAAAGCCAGUAUCUUGAGCCCUGCCUUCUGCCUCCAAUCAAGCAGUGUUCUUGAAGCAGCUUUCUAUGCCGGCUUGAUGGGGGGAGCAUAUAGACUUCGGUCCAUCGACUACCUGGCCUUGAAGUGUAUAGCCUGCAUCCCCAGUCAUAAGCGUGGGCAAUUCUCCCUUGAGAUCACGGAGGUGACUAUGGAGAUGGAUCGUGCGGGUAAAUUCAUUGUAAUUCAAAGGGCAAUAUCAGAUUAUCAAUUAAAUCUAUGGAACGAAGAUACUCCUGACACCACCAACGCCGUACACAGAGGAAAGAGCCACCGAAACGAACACAUACAGCAUCAGAACCGUUAUAGCACAUGAAGAUCUGACCUUCCUUGAGCUAGUACCUAGUAGACAAAAUCUAGGCAGUGGCAAAGAAGCGCUCUGCCCAGGGGCAUCACUCAUGUCCAGGCCAUAAAGAGCGCAGCAGCUCUAAAUCUUGCGCCACAGCAGGACUUGUUCGGGCGCAGUCAUCUAAGAAUCGCAUCAUCUCUUCAUUCCAACGUUCCCAACCGCUAGGUAACGUGUCACGGACUCGGGCACUGGGCGAAUGAGCAAUGCAGUAGAAGAGAAGGAUCUGUCCGAAGAAUCUGGAAAAGAAAAAGUAUUAGUGACAAGCUCGACUACGACAAUUCUGGAUUGCAUGACAUGGCCACUUACUGUGAACAAAAUGCAAACUUGAUAGGUAUGCAACUCUUCAUCUUUCGGAAGAUGCCCUGUGUCACGGGCCAGUCCAUCGCGUUAUGGAGUCCACUUUUGAUCUGCUCAAGAUCGUCGUCCGUUAACAAGUUGGGGAUGCGAAGCGCUUUGUAAAGAUACGGCCGGCCAAUGUGGAACUUUGCGAUCAUGUAUCGGCCUCGUAGCAUGGCAUCGGUGACUGCUACCGCGGGUGAUAGUGGACGGCUUGAAUCUGCCGGGCGUGGGGUGACAUGAUUUGGAGAUGCUGCAGAGGCAGGCGAGGGGUGGACGGAUGACAUGUCAGCGGCUGGGGUCGAGUAGCAUGGCUGGAGUUGCGCGUCGGUGAAUUGAAUGGCAGAUGGGAGAUUAUUGCGCCACUGUUCAAGCUGGUGAUGGAGCUCGGUGUUGACGGCUGGGAGAGGAAUAGUUCCA